AGGGAGACAGAGGAGGAGAGAGAGAGAGAGGCAGAGAGAGAGAAACCACUGCCUUUUGGAGCAGGCUCCACGCGAGACCGUGGGUCGCACGCAGCGAGGCGACUCUUUUCCCCCUUCGCAUUCCCGAGGAUUGUUUGGACCACGAAAGAAGAACCCCACGGACGGAGUCUUUCUCCUGAGGACUUAGUCAACCUUGGACUCUUUUUCUUCUUCUUCUUCCAGGGGAGAAGUUUCGGGGUCUCGCUCAAGGGGCUUCGGGGUCUCCACGCAGCCCUCCUGGCGGACCCCAACCCCCAGAGUCGCCCCUUUUUCUCUCCGGAGGCGACGGCAGCGAGGAAGAGGAGGGAGAGACCUUUCGGAAGGGGGAGACCAGCACUCCCCGGUCCCGGGGACAAAGGCAGAGGCCCGGCUCUCCAGAGGCAGCAGCCACGAUGCCUCAGCUCUCGGGAGGAGGAGGAGGAGGCGGCGGCGGAGGAGGAGGAGGCGACCCCGAGCUCUGCGCCACCGACGAGAUGAUCCCUUUCAAAGACGAGGGCGACCCCCAGAAGGAGAAGAUCUUCGCCGAGAUCAGCCACCCGGAGGAAGAGGGAGACUUGGCCGACAUCAAGUCCUCGCUGGUCAACGAGUCGGAAACCAUCCCUAGCAGCAAUGGGCACGAGGUGUCCAGGCAAGGCCAGCCUCAGGAAAUUUACCAUGACAAAGGCAGAGAACAUCCUGAGGAAGGCAAACACACAGAUGGUGGCUUAUAUGGUAAAGGACCGUCUUACUCUGGUUAUUCUGGGUAUAUUAUGAUGCCAAAUAUGAAUAAUGACCCCUAUAUGUCUAAUGGAUCCCUUUCUCCACCGAUCCCUAGAACAUCAAACAAAGUACCGGUGGUGCAGCCUUCUCACGCAGUUCACCCUCUCACCCCACUUAUCACCUACAGCGAUGAGCACUUUUCUCCAGGGACACAUCCUUCACACCUCCCCUCAGACGUCAACUCAAAGCAAGGCAUGUCCAGGCAUCCUCCAGGUCCUGAUAUGCCCACUUUCUAUCCCUUAUCUCCUGGCAGCGUUGGGCAGAUAACUCCGCCUCUUGGCUGGCAAGGUCAGCCUGUAUAUCCCAUCUCAAGUGGAUUCAGGCAGCCCUACCCAUCCUCACUUUCAGUCGACACUUCCAUGUCAAGGUUUUCACAUCAUAUGAUUCCUGGUCCUCCAGGGCCCCACACAACUGGAAUCCCUCACCCAGCAAUUGUAACACCUCAAGUCAAACAAGAACAUCCGCACACAGACAGUGACUUAAUGCAUGUGAAGCCUCAGCAUGAACAGAGGAAAGAACAAGAGCCCAAAAGACCUCAUAUUAAGAAACCUCUGAAUGCUUUCAUGUUAUACAUGAAAGAGAUGAGAGCGAAUGUCGUAGCAGAGUGUACGCUGAAAGAAAGUGCAGCUAUCAACCAGAUCCUUGGCAGAAGGUGGCAUGCAUUGUCCCGCGAAGAACAAGCUAAAUAUUAUGAACUAGCUCGGAAAGAAAGGCAGCUACACAUGCAGCUCUAUCCAGGCUGGUCUGCAAGAGAUAACUAUGGAAAGAAAAAGAAGAGGAAGAGAGAAAAGUUACAGGAAUCAACAUCAGGUGCAGCCCCACGAAUGACAGCUGCCUACAUCUGAAGCAUGGUGGGAAGAGGAAUGCUUUCUCAACGUGCAAAGGAAAGGCAGCGACAUCAGGGCCCCUCCUCGAAAUGGAAGCUUGUUAAAUCUCCAGGCAUGUCCUUCAUCCGCACAGGCCACCGCUAAGGAGUAUGUUUAGGAUAUCGACACUUGCCCUGAUGUCACUGCUACAAAGACACUGAACCAUAAAGACAAUCACUGCCAGGCCCCUUCGCUAUCAUGGCGGCGUCCCAAAUAUGACACAAUAAAAGAGAGCAAGAAGAGCAUUUCAGACCUUCCCCAGUCAGCAAAGUAGCUUUUCACUCCACCUUACACCUCCAACAUUUGUUAUCUCAUAACUUGUCAGUACCGAGUCAGCAACAAAAUAGCCAGGCUGCAUUUGUUUUGCUUCAGCCGAUGGAAUGAUGUAAACCAGCAGCAACUCCCAUCUUGGCCCUUCACACCGAAGAAACAAAUAUUGGUUGAGGAAGGCACAAUCCAGUUUAUUAUUUAAUGGUGCAAAAGGAUCAACUUUGGAUUUUCAGCUUCUAAAAAGAAAACUUGAAUGCUUUUUAUAUUUUCAUUUUCUCCCCCAUGGUGUAUAUUUUUAUUGUCUUUGAGCUUUUAAAGAAGCACCAAAACCUACAAUCUUUCUUUUAAUUAAAGGAAAUUCCAUUUUUCCCUUUGCAGGAGAGGAACAAAUUGUUUGGAGAACUGUGGCUUUUUUGUUAACAAUUCGUAAUGGUUAAAAACCCCUCAUUGUAUAUGUGUGCUAGUUUAUAUUAAACAUUACAAUCAGUCUGGUCACUAGUCAUGUUGAUCUGUCCCAUUUACUCUAUAUGCGUAAUGGCAACAUAUUUCAUCAGAUCUGACUGCAGCGAGCUCUCCUACUUACCUAUCCUGAAUUUCCUUGUAAAAAAAAAGAAGCCCAGCACUUGAAUUAUUAUUACUUCAAAUGGUCUGUAUCUGUUUUGUAUCUGUUUUUGUUAGCCUGUUUAGUGGGAUUUUAUGCCAGUUGUUGAAAUGAGCAUUGAUGUACCCAUUUUUUAAAAUAGUUAAGGCACAGCCUUUGCCAAAAAUUGUCAACUGAUAUAUAUUUUGUCAUUCCAGUUUGAGUUAAUGUGCUGAGCAUUUUUUUGUUUUUGUUUUUUAAAUAAAAGCUUUGUAAUAAAACUACAA